AUGGGGCGCUGCGGUGACGUCGGCCCGGCCCGCUUUCUCGGCCGCUGCCCGCGAAACCCCACCGCCGGCGGAGAGAACGACCCCGUGGCCGCCCCCGACCCCCCCCCCAGCUCGGCCCUACCCGAGGCUCCCACCCGAGCAGCCGCGCUCGCGCUGCCCCGAGAGCCCGCUCGGUGCCCCUCACCCGCCCACCGCCCCCUCUCUCUUGCAGGCGUGGGGCAGAGCCGCCAGCGGCUCGUGCGCACGGGCAUCUCGCUGGUGGUGCUGGGCCACUUGACCUUGGUCCUGGGUGCCAUCGUCCACGGCGCCGUCCUGCGCCACGUGGCCCGGCCCGGCCGCGCCAUCACCUCCGAGUACGCCGUGGCCAACGUCGUCGCGGUGCUCUCGGGCUUGUUGAGCAUUGCGACGGGCGUGUUGGCCAUCCUGCUGUCUCGGAGCGGCUCCCCGCGCGCCUUGCCCUGGGUCAUGCUCUUUGCUGCCCUGGCCAACAGCCUGGUCUCGGGGGCUUGCUGCGUGGGCCUGCUCCUUGCCAUCUCGCUCACCGUGGCCAGCAGUGGCCGCCUCCUGCUCCUGGGUUGCAACAGCUCUGCCCUGCCCCGCGAUGCCCGCAGCGUGAUGACCAACGAGUGCCCUUUUGACACCACCCGGAUCUAUGACACCACCCUGGUCCUCUGGCUUCCUUCCCUGGUGAUGGCCGCCAUGGAGGCUGGCUUGUCUGCCUGGUGCUGCAUGGCGUCGCUCUCGCUUCGUGGGAUCAGGGCCUCUGCAGUCCCCUGCCAGGAGGCUUUGCUCCCUCCCCCCGACCUGAAGCAGCUGCAGAAAGCAGGGCCUGCCUUUGCCCUCGAAGCAGCGCCCUGCUUCAAAGAGAACCGUACCGGCCAAGGAGCGCAAGCGGGCCUGCUACUGCCAGCAGUGUGGGGAGGCCCCCAGCUGGCCUCAGCGUGGCCUUUCCUGGCCCGGCCUCCUGGCCUGGGCCUGAGCAGGGCCGUGCUGCCCCACUGCCCUGGGCCGCUCUGCACACGGGAGCCCUUUGGAGUCUGA